AUGACACGACCUGUGCCAAGAAGACACGCUGUUGACCCAGCGGACUCGGACCUUUUUGAGCGGCAGGAGGCAACGCUCUCCUUGUGGGCGGAAAAGCUUAAGGAGAGACAGCGGCUCUUCGCGGAGCGAGAGCACGUCUUCGAGGGUAUUCGCUUGGCUCUGGGUGGGCCUCAGAGACGGCGCGUUCACCCGCCUGCUACCUCCAAUGCACCGGAGCAUCUGCCGCGGAGAGUGGGCGUUUCACGCCGCGCUUCGGCGGCUCCCUCUCUCGCGGGUCCGCUCCUGCUCACACGCCACCUGCCUUAUUCACCGGACCUUCAACCUCGCCAUGGCACAGCGGCGCAGCUGUGUACCCCGUCCGCUGCCUCUUCCCCGAGAAAGCGGAGCACACGCCGCCUUAACAUGGACUAUAUUCGUUCCAACCAGCACCAGGUCCGAGCUGCCAGCCAUCCAGGACCUCUACAGGCAGCGCUGCAGGAGGACGGCCCAGAGGAUCCUCUCUGGUCCCAGCAACACAGCCUCACACUCUUCAUGUGGCAGGAGUUUCUGUCAGAGAUCAGCAGUGUUCAGCCGUCCAGAAGACUUCAUCCAGCCACACAGCGUCUCUGCACACUCGAACUCAAAAUGCCCGAGUACAUCACUGAACUCCAAGUGUCUCUGAAUAAAUCUCAAGAGGAUUUGUUCCGUGGGCAACACUACAGCAAAAGUCCUGUUAAUCUGAACAAAGGGGCCAGAGGAAACACCAUCUACCUUUGGUACAAGAAAGGCACGAGCCCAGGAAUCACCAACAUUCAGUUUUCAUUCAGCGAAAUGAUGACCAAGGGCCUGAUCGAAGCAGGGUAUGAAAAGAUCGAUAAAAACCUCAAUGAAGGAGCAGGUGGAGACAAAGUCUACCUGUGGUACUCCAAGUCUGCCAAGAAUGUUCCCAUUGCGAACAUUGAUGUCACUGAAGACGCAGAUGCUGAAGCUCAGAAGUUUAAAGAUGGCUGGGAGAGACUGGCCUGUGACCUGAACCGCAAUGCUGGAGGAAAACACAUCUACAUGUGGGUGCAGAGGGAGAAACAAACCUACAUCUCUGAGAUCAAGACCACUAUUAACUGCAGUGGAGAUAAGGAUAACUUCAAGAAUGGCUACAUCCGAGUGGAUGAAAACACCAACAGAGGUGCAGCACAAUGUGCUACUCCGCCUACCAUCUUCCUGUGGUACCGUCUGACCACUAACUCCAAGGAUGCCUUCACAGAUCUGAAAGUCUCCACCAACCAGAGCGAAUAUGAAAACUAUCAAGAAGAGGGCUAUCAGCCGGUGAACCAGGACCUGAACGCGGGGACCGGAGGAAACGAGGUGUUCCUGUGGUACAAGAAAGAUGGCAGCAGCGAAAACCCCAUCAAGGCCGUCACUGUGAUCACCAACCAAGGAGCUGUGGGGCCGUACCAGAGUGCCGGGGUCAACGUCAUCGAAGAGAGCCUCAACAGCGGCAACAAUGGUGUUCCCAUUUAUGUGUGUUUUAAACAGUGAGGGUGACCAUGGUAACAGAGCUGAGCAUGCUCACUGAGCAGAAAGAUGUUCAUGUUUAAUCGGUGUGGUGAUGGUUUUUCUUUCCUUUCUGUAAUGAUCUUCAAUCACUGUGAUCUCAGAGCUUUGACUCCACCAGCGAUCAUUGAUCCUACAAUCUGAUUCACUCUGUAUCACUUUAUUCUGAUGAUUCUGUUUCAAUAAAGUCUGUUUAGCAUCUGAAA